CCCCCCCUCCUCUCUCCUGUGCUGGCUGGAUGGGAGGAGCACUUCAUGUGCUCUUCGUAUAAGAAGUGUGCCGUGUCCAGCUCAGAGCUUCACACAGCUACUCAGGAGAAACGAAAUGAUCUACCCUGGCGCCGCAGCAAAAUGCUGGAUGGACACCUACUCCUGGGAUGGUUAUCGUUCACACUGGUAGUCCUUGUCUUCUACUUGCCACUGCCCAGCACAGCCUAUUUCGGGCUGACAGGUAAUGAGCCGCUGUCUAUCCUGCCAUUGAACUCUCUACCGGAGGAGAGCGUGGGCCGGGCCCACUACAAGCUGUGCGACCGGCUCAAACUGGAAAAGAAGCAACGCAGGAUGUGCAGACGUGACCCAGGCGUGGCUGAGACCUUGCGAGAGGCCAUCACCAUGAGCGCCCUAGAAUGCCAGUAUCAGUUCCGCUUCGAGAGGUGGAAUUGCACCUUAGAGGGGCGUCACAGAGCCAACAUGCUCAAGAGAGGAUUCAAGGAGACCGCCUUCCUGUACGCCAUUUCUUCGGCGGGUUUGACGCACGCCAUGGCCAAAGCGUGUAGCGCGGGCCGCAUGGACCGCUGCACCUGUGACGAGGCGCCCGACCUGGAGAACCGCAAGGCGUGGCAGUGGGGAGGCUGCGGCGACAACCUGAAGUACGCCAACAAGUUUGUCAAAGAUUUCCUGGGCAAGCGCUCCAACAAAGACUUACGCGCACACAUGGAUAUGCACAACACCAACGUGGGCCUGAAGGUCAUCAAGGCCGGUGUGGAGACUACCUGCAAGUGCCACGGCGUCUCCGGCUCCUGCACUAUCCGGACCUGUUGGAGACAGCUGAAGCCCUUCCACGAGGUCGGCAAGCAGCUCAAGCAACGCUACGAGACCUCGGUUAAGGUGGGCAGCUCCACCAACGAGGCCACGGGGGAGGGCGACAUCUCCCCCUCGGGCCGGAGCCAACCGCUGCUGCAGCAGCAGUCGCCUCCGCUCAUGCAGCUCAACGAGCAGAUCCCGCGCACCAUGAACCUGCUGCACAUCGAGGACUCGCCCAGCUUCUGCAGGCCGAGCAAGUACUCGUCGGGAACGGCCGCUCGCAAGUGCUACAAGGACAAGAACUGUGACGCAAUCUGCUGCGGGCGGGGCCACAACACGCAGAGCCGGGAGGUGACGCGCCCUUGCCAGUGCCAAGUGCGCUGGUGCUGCUACGUGGAAUGCAAGCAGUGCACGCAGAGGGAGGAAGUGUACACCUGUAAAGGCUGAACGCCAUCACAGGAGUGGUGACACUGAUAAGCACUUUGAGGGAUUUUCUUUCUUUUUUUUUUUUAAUUCAAAGACAUCAUUUUUCUCAGACAACUGGGAGAACAUCUCAAGCCUUGACCAGACCCUUCUUACUCAACAAGCCGUUUCACGUGCAAGCAUAGACAAGAGACUGACGGAAGAAGAAGGACGGCUCAUGUGUGUUUGUAUCCGCUGACGGGGGAUGCAUCAACGACAAAACAAAAACACAGACAGGGUGUAAGAAUUUUACUCUACACGCACAUAUCUACGCGCGCACACAUCGUGUGUUUGCAUAUGCAUGUAAAUAACUUUAUAAAAUGGUUUAUAUAUAUAUAUAUAUAUAUAUAUAUAUAUAUAUAUAUAUAUAUAUAUAUAUAUAUAUAUAUAUAUUAGUUAAGCCAUUAUACAAGCCACUAAUCUUAUGGUAAAACAAACCACUAACUGCACAAACGCUUUGCUGUUUGCGCGAACGUUCCCGCCUUUUGGAAACUUUAAGUAUGAAUGUUUCCUUCAUGUGGCGGGGAAAACAAAUCUAAACGUUUUAAAUUUUUUUUUAAAUAAUGUAAAAGAUCAAUUGCAGCUGUAAGUUGCAAUGUCAACAUAACUGGACACUUUCUUCGAAACACCUGCACGACACGAAAGACCCAAUGAAGGAGCUAUAUCCACAAUUGUGGCUUUCCAAAGAUAAUGACUCUCACAAUGAUUACCAUCGUGGCGGUUGUGUCAUGCUCCAAUCAUCGGGCUGAAUUGGAGCAUCUCUUCCCUUCCUAUCAAAGUGAGAAAAGGCUCAAUUAUCAGACGUUUCUUGAGUGAUGACCCUUACGUGUGGUUUGUAUGAAGGGUCAUUUUUCCUCAAAGGACAUCUCAAGAUUAUUUCCUAUGAUUAUGAGCUUGUUGUGUGUUCAUGUAUACACACAGAACACCCCGCUUUACCUUUUUUCACUACACGAUAUUUGAAACGGGAGUGUGACGCAGUGCCGUUCUACAGCACCAACUGCAGUAAUAAAUAAUGUUGAAUAAAUACACAAUGGGAAUAGUGGUCAGGCUAAAUGUUUUGGACAAUUCUACGUGGGAACAGUUUGUGUGUAACAUUCUUUUUUCUGUUCCCUGGGUGGGAUCGGCACAGGUGUACCCAAUAUAGGGACUGACGGGCAGAUGCAAAUGAGGAAUACAAAUACAGUACAUCCCUCUGCCUUCAUCCGAACAACGUUCAGGGAAUAAGUCAGACCACUACGAUUGUUUGGGGGAACCAUCCAUCAUGACGACAGUGGCCUUUCUAGAUAACUGGACGGACGUAGCCAGCAUAUUAAUAUCGUUGAGCCAUCUUUCUCAUUAGCAUAAUCAACCUAGUCAUCUGAUCCCCGAAUGUAGACCAUGACGAUAAAGGCUUCUGUAUCGUCUGCAAUUAGGUUCUGGUAAUCAUUGAUCAAACAUACAGUAUGUAGGAACUUGUGUAUGCCUUGUUUGUGACUACUGAGUGAGGGGGGGACCCAGCUUUGUAUGAUAGCGUUCAUUCCCACACUGAAGCCUCAAAAGCCCUUUAAGGUAUAUAUACAUAUAUUUUAAAUCUAUAUUUAUGGAUGCAGCAUAUAUAUACAGUAUAUAUAUACUGUAUAUAUAAAAUGUAAAUUGGUUUCUUUUCCUGUGGUUAAAAGGCACAUGUUCAACUAUUGCAAGAAACGAGCUACAGUGGUACCCCGCAGUUUUUUACAACAACAACCAGAGGCAAUGUUUGAAGUCAUAUAAAGAUUAUUAACGGUCGUACAGUUAACAGGUCAAAUACCAAAAUGUUAGAAACAUUAAAACUCUCAGUAAACACUCCCGACUCAAAAGAGAGAACACAAUUUAGCCUUCUACUGGAUAUAUCUACUUGCUCCUUGUCAAAUGUCACAUGGGCAACGUUUAAAACAUAAACAUACACAUGAAUGACACUCCACUUUUCGAUCACAUAUGACAAGCAGCUAGCAGGAGAAGCUAACACAGCAAUCCACAUCUUUACUCACUGCUCCUUGUCCAAUGUAAAAUGUUUAAAAUAUAACCCUUCAUAUCUCACCUUUUGUUUACGUGUGACAAGCACGUGGCAGCCCUCCAUGAUGGCUAGCAUGAGAAGCUAACGAAGCAGUCUACAACCAUACAGAACGCAGCGCCGCUUCUUGUCUGACAGUGCAAAUAAACAGAUUCAAAUGCACUUCACCACUCACAUGAGAUCUGAAUCUAAGGCUACGUUCACACUGCAGCGAAACUUCGUAUUUUUUGUAUUUCGUAUCGUUCGUAUUUUUUUAAUGUAUUUUUUUGCCUACAUGUGACGCGUAUCAGAUUUUUUUUUCAAUCAGUGUGAGCAGUACAAUUCACAUUUUUUCAAAUCCGACUUGGGACUCUUUGAAUUAUAGAUAUAAAUUGGAUAUGUAUGUGAUGCGCAGUAUGAACGCUCAUCCACACACAUCUGGCCUAGGCAUCACAAUGUGUCCUCUGCACUGGCGGUUUUGAGAGAGGGCUUGGGAGACUACUGACACUGUGCGUAAAUCUGCAACGUUGUUUUGAGUAAAAGUUGUUUAAUCCCACUUUAAUAAUUCAAAGAAGAAUAAAGUGAAUAUUUGUGGUGAUAUUUGUAAUUCAGCCACGCAGACAUGACGUGCAGCAUUGACAAGAUGUCAUCUUCAGUCGAUAUCUCCAUUCAAUGAGGAGAUCGAUGAGUGUUGACUCAUAUCCCCAAAAUAUUUCCACCUCUUCCCGCCUUGUUACUCUAGCGAUAUGAGAUGAUAAAAUGAGCCCAUACACGCGGCACCAUUUUUUGGGAAGUUGGAACCAAAUUAAAAUCAGGAAGGGCAGAAACUGAUGAACUCAAGUUCAAGAUACAGAGUAGUUCAAAUCAAUGUCCCUUCUUUGGGUGAAGUGGAUCAAUACCUGCAAAACGUUCUGCCUCGGGACUAACAACAGGAAGUAGAAACCUACCAAAAUAAAAUUGGUAACUAACCACAUGGCACUGAAAUACUUGUUUUUUUUCCCAUACAAAAUCUAAACCAAAGUUGUUUGCUGCGGCUGAGAAAGGUUGCAGCUGUCAGUCCUGCACAGUAGACAUCAUGUUAAAAAUACCAACGAAAUGUAAUCAUAGCUAACCCAGACAAAAAAAAAGCACAGCACAAACAUGCUCUAAUGCUUGACACAAGUCACAAAAAGUUGGCUGACAGAGAUUGAGUCCUCGUUUGGAUACAAAAACCAUGACUAGAAAACCGAAACAAAAUUAAAUCGGUAGCUAAUCACAUAACACUUAGACACUUGGAUAACAUAAAAUCAAAAGCUCUUUGUUCAUUAAAAAAAAAAAAUGGCCCAUGCCAGUUUGAGAGUUCGAGCUCUUAAAAUAGUCACAGGAAGUCGAAACUUACCAAUAUAUAAUGGUAACAUACUGUAUAGAGGUCAGCUAGCUCAGAAAAAACAAAGCAAGUAUAAGUACUGUUAUAUGGAUUCAAAUGCAUAUCACCCUUCACACAAGAGCCAAAUUCACAAAAUGUUGGACAACACAAGCUGUACUCCUAGCUUGGAAACAAAAACGGAAAGUAGAAGCCUACCAAAAUGACAUUGGUAUUUAGCCUAAGUACAUGAGGCUUAGACAUUUUGGACGCACAAACUCUAAAGUCCUUUGUUUACCCCCAAAUUGGUGAGUACCGCUGGAGUGUCCUAGCUCACAACAAAAAUGUGAAGUGCAAACUGAAACUUAUAAAUCCUUUGAUGCUGGAUGAAAUGAGGUCUUCUGAGCUGCUUGACGUUGAUUGUGUGAACUUCAUCUGUUUCGUACAAAGGUCGGUUUGGGCCAUUGGAGCUUCAGGGUACCACUGUAUUGAUUUUAAUCAUACAUACUACACCAUGACGCCGUGGUCGAGAAUUUGAAGCAUUUCGAUAAGCAAAUAAAAGACACGAGAAGUUUGCACUCUACAUGCAAACCAUAAUAACCAUGCAGCGCAAAUGCCUCCUUGCCACAGCACACUUUUGGUAUGUGCUCAGUCCCCCUCCACCAAGAAAACAACAACUUCUCUUGCUAGGUGAACCCGUUGAAGACAAACAGGAAUACCAAAUGCCCACUGAGUGCAUUCUUUUGGCUUUGCUUUUAGAUUGCAUAUAAGGUGAAUAAUGCAGCAAGAUGACCAUCAUUCUCAAAAUCCCAAACUCUGCACUGUUUAGUGAGCAAAACACCAUGUACAAAAAAAAAUCUAUUUUGUAAAAAUAAAUAAAUAAAUUAUUUUUUAAAUAUAUAUGAGCAUGUGUUUAGUGUAAAUAUGACUAAACUGAUUUUGUAUCCUGUAUUUUGUAUUUUUCUUUGUUUGGUUUUCAAAAAGCAUGUAUUCAUAUGCAAACUUCUGUUUUUCAAAGCACUAACAAAAUCCUAACAAAUGUGUAUUCAUGUGCACCACCGCCGCAUUAUCUCCAUUGGAUCUGUUUGUAUAAUCUACUAUUUUCGUGAAAAGCCUUUAUAUAAAAUAUUGUCACUUUUACAAGUACUUUAUGUUUUUUGUUAGGGUUUGUGCAGUGCGUCGACAAACACACAUCCCGAUAACAGCACACCAACAAAGUCAUGUCUUAUGGGAACCCUAAAUUAUUGUCCUCUACCUCAUGUGUAUAGCUCGUAGACGUAAGCAGAUCACAAAUGACUGGUAAGAAUGUAUUUAAGUUAUUUAACAUCUUUGUAUAACAAAGGCGAGACAAGAAAUCUGAAAUAAUAAAAAAUGAAAUUUUAAAU